CGUGAACCUCACUUUUGCACUGUACGUAGCGGAUUAUGCUGUAAACGUCACAGUGGGAGAAAAUCUAGCUUUGAUACUGGCGACUGGCGACUCCAACCUCCAGUUCAACGCGCACGUCCAAGAUACGAUUAAUGACACCAGAGGAGGAAUCAAUAUGGCGUUAUUGCCAUAUGUUGUCGAUAAUGUAGCAGAAGGAGAAACAAUUAAUCAUUCUCUGUCCAUCGUAUUUCCAUCAGGACCUGUUUCUGUUCUUCUAGAAGUAGGGGUGUCCAACAACUCACUUGCCGUCGUCAACAUUACAAAUAUCGCCGUCAGUUUUGGAGGAGCCAUAAAUGUGAAAAGUUCCGAAAUUAAAUUUCCGGACCACAUAACUUAUUAUUUUUCCCCUACAAAUGAUACUUUUGAUCGCGUGCAAUUUACCCUGCCGUACAUCUGCAUCAGCGAUAGUGCAUCUGCUGUAGAAAGAGCAUUGCACGUCGCCAUAGCAACCACUGUGUUGACCAAUAGCGGAGUUUCCAUGGAUAUGUAUUUUAUAUGGACCAAGGUUACAUACGGGGCUGUACAUAGAGUGACACAGACGCAGAUCAGCACUGUAAAUGUCUAUCCCCGGAAUAGCCACUUUCCUACAAGUGCGCCUAUUACCGCCACAGCUCCCACGUCCAGCGAACAGAACCUAGUGACGUCAGCACCUGGUCUCGUCAUGGACGACGGUGUUCCUCGCCUCUUCAUGACCGUGACAUUGAUGACAGCUGGAACGCUGAAACAGGGAAACACUGCAAGUUUGAAUGUGACUUUCGGACACGUGACCGACUCUUUAAACUCCACGUCACCAACAGAUGCGUACAACGUCACCAUCACUUGUAUAUUUACGCCAUACCUAACUUACAUAAGACACCUUUAUGACGUAGAUGGGAUGACAGUUUCUAACAGUACAGAAUUCCUUUCGCUUAGUUUUGCAAUAUUUGAAUAUCCAAGAGUUAUUAAUAACCUCAUAUUAGAAAUCAAGGUAGAUUCAACGUAUUCACUUGACCAGGCCCUCUUUGGAGCGGGAUACCUCAGCGUUGGUCCUGUGAUUUUGGAACACAGCGAUCGUUAUUCUAACAAAUAUGAUCCAAUCAUCGGUUCCUAUGAGUUCUUCAUUGAGCGAGCAAGCUACCAGCCAUUGGGCUGUUUCAGACAUAACCGGCAUCGCGCCUUCCCCGAUCUUGUAGCCAACUACAGGGGGGUGUCUAUCGACUGGCAAAAUAUGGCACACAGCUUUAAUUCUAUCAUCAAAUGGUGUGCUGAAGAGGUGGCAGCGAGGAGGACUUCCCAUCCUCAGAGACAAGCAUUUCUAUCCUUCGGCAUAAAGUUUUAUGGCGAGUGUUGGUCAGGUGACCACGUCCCAGUCAGCUAUUGGUUGAACCAUGCGUCAAGCCACUGCGAGGUCUAUGACGUAGGAGGAAGCAGGGAUUCAAUGUUUGUCUAUAAACUGAACCAUUCUAGAACCUGGCCACAGAUCCCUGAGGUGGCAGCGUCGCAGAAUUGCGCGUGCCGCUUUGAUCCUACGUCAAAUAACUGCGCGUGCUGUGACGUCACUGAGUGUCAGUGUGGACGUGUUAAACCAGGCAACUGUGCACGUUGUAAUUAUUUAGAUUUCUGUGAAGUGGAAGACUUUAGUAGAAAGGAGUCUACUGUGGAGUUAAGUGAUCAGGAAUCCAUCAGAUGUACAUCCGACGGUACAAGUGCAUGUGAGGAUGUGCCAUGUUGCAGCUACUUUUUCCCGCGGGCUGGGAGCCAAGUUAUAGAAGCUAUUCCUGACCUGGACCGCGUCCUUGGCUACGACAGCGUGACAGGCACAGUGUAUGGUAGUUAUAGAGACGUGAUUAAGGAGAGCCCGGAUAUACGGACGUGGUUCAGCGUGUCUCCAAAUCGUCUGCUGUCUGCACAGGCACGAACCACUUGGAGAAACGCCAUUAGUUGAAGCAAGGCAAAGGGAGUUUUUCCUUGUAAAUUUCAGCGCUCUCUGUCAUUCAAAAAGUAGACCUAAACCAUAUCCAAAACUGUUGACAUAAUCUCGAUGUACAUAGGAUUUAGAGUUUAAGUUUGUGAUGUAUGAGUGACACGGAAAUUAAGAUGGGUGUACUUCACGUAACGGGAAAAAAAUUAGACAUAAAGAGAUCUAAAACGUUUUUAAGACCAAUUUUUUCGUCACCGGCGCAUAGAUGGGUUAUAUGUUAAAAUGAAAAAUUGCUAAAAUAUCUAGGAUUAUUUGUUUGUGGUGUCGUAACGUUUUCACUUUCAAUUGACAUAAAGUCCACUUGUGAUAUCAAAUAUGUAAUAUAUCGUAUAUUUCUAUUUUUAUAGAUAUCAGUGUUACAUUUGUUAUAUAGUCCUUAUCUCCAUUAAACCAUGAAAGAAAAACGACUAUUCAGUCAUAUAGACUUGAAAAUGGGUUACAGCACCUUGGUUACAUUGUAUUUACAAACGUGAACUUCCAAAUGGACGUCCAGAAAUGAAGAAUAUAGACUCGACCUGUUUUAAGUGCAGUGACGUGUGAUAUAUAUAAUAAUAAAUACUGAGUGUGGCAUGCCAAAAAAAGUGAUCGUGAAACAAAAUGGUACAUAAAACAGAUAUAAUUACUUUUAAAUAUUUCCCAUAUACACGUAGGCCGAGGUUGAAGUUAGGAAACUGUACACAAUUACAUGUUUUAAAUAAAGUAUCCUGCAGUUAUGAAACAGUCAUGCGCGUUUUAAUGAAA